CGCCGCCCCUCCCCCGCCCCGUCUCCGGAGGCGCACGGCGCAGGCGCGGAGCCAGGCGGUAUUUUCCCUACUUGUGGAAGUAUUGUAACAUAGCAUUCCUUUGUUGUUCUGCCAGAUUCCAUUGUUAAGAAUUACACCAAAUUGAAAAGAUAUGAAUGAACAUCCUAAAAAAAGAAAAAGGAAGACUCUACACCCUUCUCGUUAUUCAGAUUCUGCUGGAAUAACCAAAAUUGCAGAUGGAUUCAAUGGAAUAUUCUCUGAUCAUUGUUACAGUGUCUGUUCUAUGAGACAGCCAGAUUUAAAAUAUUUUGAGAACAAAGAUGAAGAUUCUGAUACAGAGACAUCAAAUGACUUGCCUAAAUUCACCGAGGGGAUUAAAGCAAGAAGCAGAAAUCAGAAUCACCUGGUUCCCAGUCCUGUGCUCAGGAUCCUAGAUCAUGCUGCCUUUUCUGCAGAGAAAUCUGCAGAUAUUGAAAUCUGUGAGGAAUGUGACUCUCCUGAGUCGGUUCGCCAGCAGCCUCGUGAGGAGAGCCCUAUCGAAGUGCGCACAGCUGAAGACGUGCCCAUCGCUGCUGAGGUGCACGCUGUCUCUGAGGAUUAUGAUGUAGAGACCGAAAACCUGUCCUCAGAGAGCCUUCAGGACCAAGUCGAUGAGGAGCCCCCUGCUAAGCUGUGUAAAAUUCUGGACAAGAGCCAAGCUUUGAAUGUCACUGCUCAGCAGAAGUGGCCUUUACUGAGAGCAAAUAGCAGUGGCCUCUACAAGUGUGAGCUGUGUGAUUUUAACAGCAAGUACUUCUCUGACUUAAAGCAGCACGUGGUCCUCAAGCACAAGCGCACCGCUGCCAACAUCUGCAGAGUCUGCAAAGAGUCCUUCUCAACCAACCUGCUCCUUGUCGAGCACGCCAAACUGCAUGAGGAGGAUCCCUACCUGUGUAAGUACUGCGAUUACCGAACGGUGCUCCUGGAGAGCCUGAGCCAGCACAUCGCUGACGCCCACUUCAGCGACCACCUGUACUGGUGCGAGCAGUGUGAUCUGCAGUUCUCCUCCAGCAGUGAGCUCUACCUGCACUUCCAGGAGCACAGCUGUGACGAGCAGUACCUGUGCCAGUUCUGUGAGCACGAGACCAAUGACCCUGAGGACCUGCACAGCCAUGUGGUCAAUGAGCAUGCCUGCAGGCUCAUGGAGCUGAGCGACAAAGAGAGUGGUGCUGGUGAGCACGGCCACUACAGCCUGCUGGGCAGGAUCACCUUCGACAAGUGCAAGAACUUCUUUGUCUGUCAGGUGUGUGGGUUUCGAAGUCGACUGCAUACAAAUGUUAACAGGCACGUGGCCAUCGAGCACACAAAAAUUUUCCCCCAUGUUUGUGAUGACUGUGGGAAGGGCUUCUCCAGCAUGUUAGAAUACUGCAAACAUUUAAAUUCACAUUUGUCUGAGGGAAUUUAUUUAUGUCAAUAUUGUGAAUAUUCGACGGGACAGAUUGAAGAUCUCAAAACUCAUCUAGAUUUCAGGCAUGCAGCUGACUUACCUCAUAAAUGUAAUGACUGCUUAAUGAGGUUUGGGAAUGAGAGGGAACUUUUAAGUCACCUUACAAUCCAUGAGACAGCUUGAUUGUUUUUUAUCUUAAUUUGCAGAGUGUUGGUGUAAAAUAAUAAAUUCAUCUUUUAUUAGAGAGUCUACAGUUGAUGGUUUUAAUAAUGACACUGAAGAGGGUUAUAGGCAGCCUUAUUUAUUUAUUUAUUUAGGCAUUGAGGGUUUUUUCUGGCUUUAGUGUGUAGACUUUACAGCAUGUGAGGGUAUCUUAAGUGUGCUACUGUCAGCUUUGUCCUUUCAGAUUCUGGAUUGCCUGCCAAUGGCCUAUGCUCUUAGGUAUCAAGGAGAAAGGCAGGGAAUGGGAGGAUGGAGUGGGAAGAUAAAUAAGCUAUUAUCUUCCCUUAAUAACUUUAACUGCCUCAGACUUUUGCAAAUACAAAAGUAAACAUAGUUGUUCAGUUAUCAAGCAUUUUUAUUGUAAGAAGUCAUCCAAAUACCUAAGUGCAAGAGGGAUAGGCAGGAUAGAGGCGUUGUGUGUGUGUGUGUGUGUGUGUGUGUACAUAUCUGUAUAUAUAAUUAAACUAUUUCUAGGAUGAGGACCCAGACCUUCUACUUACUCUCUCCUCCAGCCAUCAUUCCCAAGGCAUUCAGACAUCUCUUCUAUAUAAAUCCAAAAUUAUAGAAAUGCUCUUAGCUGUGGUGGUAAAAACAAAAAAUUUAUUAUCUUUAGUAGUAGUUUAUUUUUAAAAAAACAAUCACAUCCUUCUGCCCCAUCCCCCAGGCUAAAUUAGUUGUGAAAAAUUGGUGUAAGAUAAAGGGCAAGUUUUUUUGUUUUGUUUUUGUCUGGUUGGGGAUGUUUGUUUUGUUCCAGACCUGUAAUUUCAAUAGGCUAGAAAACUGUGGAAAACUUUAAGCAAUACCAAGAGAUACACUAAAACCCUAGGAUAGUGUAAGUGUAACACUACCUGAUGGUGAUAUGAAGAAAGUUUCGCAAAAGAGAUUGUAAAUGUAUUUAAUUGGAGCUCAUAAAUAUUUGGCUGAGUGAUGGCAAAUGAAACAAAUGUAUUUCAUGGUCUUCAAGUUCAACAUUGUUGCAAUGUAGUUUUUUUACACCAUGGUUGGCUCUUAGUUAUUGAAGUUUUUCAUAAUCCAACUUCAUUUCCCAUUGAUUUCCACCUUGGUAAUGUGUCUUCUGAUUUCACCAUAUGUGAUACACCUACUCACCCACCUCCAAUUGUGAAAUCCCAGUAUCCCAGUGGCUUCUUAGGAUCAUGGACUUGGCAUUUCAGUAUGUUAGAGUUAAAUCCCUACUUUAGAGAGCAUUCUUAGCCCAAGAAAAGUAAAGUGAUUUACUCAGUGACACAGCAAAACGAAGUGGCAAAAUCUGGCCUGGAAUCUGGGUUUCUUGCUGUGCUUUCUCAUGUUCUUUGCUCAUCCCACCUAAGUUUUCAUCAGUUUUGUUACCUUCGCUUCAUCCAUUCACUAUGCAUGUCCAGCCCAAUGGAACUGAGCUGUAGGGAGUAGAACUUUAAAAAUGGUCAUGAUAAUUAAUGCCUCAUAUUUUUGCAUAGUGCAUUUUGGUCACAAACUAUGACUGUUGAUGAUCAAGUACUUGACACUAACUAAAUGAGGAUUAGGUAGGUGAGCCCAGUGGAAAAGUCCUAAGAAGUACCAGUAAAUGUGUUACGUACUUUUUCACGGGCCUAGAAUUGAGGUCCUCACUGUCAGGCUCAAGUGGGGCACUCUUGGCAUUGUCCCAAUUUUCAAUUCAACAGUCUUUAUUAGACAGUAAACUGCUGACAUAGCCUCAGUUGCUUUCAGAUCUGUAAUCUUCACUUAGUGAAAUUAUUUGGAAAACCAUGCUGCUUUUCAUUUUUUCCCUAAAUACAGACCUAAUUUUUACUGUGUCACUUGCUCCUUGGCCACAUUUAUAUUUCAGGGGCACGUGGUUGAUCAUGCUUUAUAGAAGUCAAUACAAAAGAACUCUUGACUUAGUGCAUUCUCUCUCUCUCUCUUCGACAAUGAAAUUCUUGGGUUUUUUAGAAGAGAUAUUUUUUAAAUUACAAAAGACUUCUCCUGCACUCUGAGUUGAGGAAAAGCCUUUUUUGGGCCAGUUUUUAACAGUUUGCCAGUUAGGCUGUUAGGUCUCAAUUCUGACUAUUGUUGAUGGCUGAAUCACUAAAUACUGGUGAGUUUCUUCAUUCUCUUCGGCUUUAUUCAGAAGAUGCUUUAAUAGUAUAGGUAGUAGAUUAUAGGCAUUAUCAACAUACUUUUUUUAAAGUACCACACAAAAAUAUAGUACAAAAAAGCUCUACAAAACUAGACAUUUCUUCAACUCAGCAUUCUAUGAAAAGUCGUAUGAUAAAAUAUGAGGCUGGAUCUGUCUGUUUUAUAUCAGCCUUUUAUGAGAUUCUUGGUUACUGAAGAGUUUGUGAGGUAUGUUUCACAUUUGGCUACAACAGUAGCUUCUGACUACUGUUCACCCUGAACUGCUACUAUUAAUGGAAAAAGUCUGAUUCCUGUACCGCCAAGCUAUUGUUGAUAUGUAAAUUAUGUACAACUUUUUUAAAAAAUAGAAAGCAAAGAUCUUUAAAAACCAAAAUGAGAUUCUAGAUAAAGAAAAGAUUGACCACAGUCUUAUUUUCUGAUUGUUGCCAAGUUUAAUGAUCUAAGAGUAUUUGCUAUGUCAGUGUUUACCUCCUGGUUAUACAUUCCACCCACACACGCACACACACACUGACUGUCCAUGUCCAACUCCAAUAGUCUGAAAUGUAGAAAUGAAACUAGAUUUAAUGGUUUUAAAUUUUCUCACCAUUAGCUCUUAAUUUCAGUUCCAGUGAAUGAAUCUCUUGAGAAUUAUGAGUGUGAAUUACAGGAAUGAAAAUUAAAUACAUUUUCAUAACUUUUAUAUUUUAAAAUUCUGCCUCAUCUUUACUUACAUUUCAUGUAAAAAAAAUUUUUUACUGCCAUAGUUUUCUGUUUGAACAACUCUUAAUCCAAGAGUAAGAGAACUGGAGAAAGCCCAUCAUGGUAAUUACUGAGCGGAAAUGGCAGCCAAAAAGCUUGUAAAUUUUCUAUUUGUGUUGAAUGUAUUUAUUAAACAGAAAAUUUUUAUAUAAAUCCAUAUUUAAAGUAUUUAUACUGUGAUAUUGUCUUGUUAAUAGAACAUUACAAAGUGAACAUAUGCUCAUAAUACUUAAUGUUUGAAAAAAGUUGACUUCAAUCUUCUGUUCAUUGAGUUUGGGGGUGUGAUUUUCUCCAUAUCAAUGAUCCUUCAUUGUGUAUAAAAAAUAAUUUUCUGAAUAGUGAAUUCCAACAUGGAAGUACCAUGAACUAUUUUUGAUGAUGACAUCGUCUUCUGAAAAGUACUACUGGAAGGAAGCCUGAACAGAGUGGAAACAACAGUACUUGUUUUUUUUAAUUUCCUCUGCAGUAUAAAAAUAGGAAUUAUGAAAAACAAAUAUUUAAAUGCUAGUUGUAAUUUUUAAAUUACAGUUUUAAUUGUCGAUUAGAAACUUUGUUGGUUUGUCUCAGCAUACCAAGAUCGUAUAAUUUUAAAAUAAAAUACCCUCGCCCCCAAAUAAAUCAUAGAACCCAAAGCAACCAUUGUGAAUUAAGAAAAAUAAAUCUUUUGAACAAUGCUUGUUAACUAAGUGUAUCAUAAUAUAAACAUCUCAUUUCUAUCAUUUGAAAAAUAAGCACCAAUGAUUUCUGAAGAGAAUUUUCAACAUAAUAAGCUGUUACAAAGUAAUAAAAGAGGCAAAUGAUUUCAAGCUAUCUUAGUGUGAGCAAUGAAUUUGGAGCCGGAGACCUUGAGAUCCUGGCUGUCAUUUGCCCCCCUGUGAUUCUGAGCAAUUCAACCUCUCUAAGCCUCAGGUAUUUUUGUAAAAUGAAAGCGAUCAGAUGAUCUGUAAGGCCCCUGAAGCUUUCCCCUUCCUAUUGUCUGAUAAACUUUGUAAGACUCAAAGAUUCAGAUGAAAGACUGUAACCUCACAUCAUGAUGAAGUGUAGUAUCAAAGAACUAGUUCUCUUUUAAUGAGGGUCAGAGUCCCAUGAUUCCUAAUCAUCAUACUAGGCAGUGGGCAUCAACCAGUUAAUACAAUUCCUGUGAAAUAUUUUUGUUCCUAUUCUUGGAUUAGAAUACUGAUGAGUAGAGUAGUUGGAAUCACCUUGACCAAACUUGAUUUUGUGACUAGUCAUUUUAACCAUGUGCUUCACAAAGUCCUUUCUCUAGCAGGUUACCUGGGCCUGCUUAGCCUACUUGUCCAGCACUCUUUCCAUGGUUUCCCCACAUACAAUGUUCAGUUUUAUUUAUUCACUACCUUAUUAUCCUUUCCAUUCCUCAUUUCACCAGACUAUAACCUACACCUUAGACCUUCCUUCUUUCAACUCAAGCUCUCUCCCAGCCAUCUUUUAAGAAUUUCAGAAAUUCCCUAGAAAGCCAGAAGCAUUUCCUAAUGACUAGUUAUCAUUUUUGAAUUUGAAAUUUUUUAAACUUUUUGUUUUGUUUUUGGAGGGCAAUUAGGGUUAAGUGACUUGCCCAAGGUAACACAGCUAGGAAGUGUGUCAAGUAUCAGACCGGAUUUGAACUCAGGUGCUCCUGAGGGGCCCGUGCUCUACUCACUGUGCUACCUAGCUGCUCCCUGAAAUUUUUUAAAGGCUGAUUCUUUCCUCCCUCCAUUUCCUGAACCUCAUUCACUUUGUACCCUGUACCAUGCCAAAGACACUUGACUUGUAUAUUAUGUAAAUGCAUACAGUAUUAUCACGUGUGUGUAUAUAAAUGUAUGUCUGUACAAUUUUGCUCUGCCAUGUUUGGAUAUGUCAGAUGUGUUUCAUUUUAGCUUGUGAGUAGUGGGCUAACUUGUUAAGUAUACAAAAAUACCAUGUAAGUCUUAAUAAAUACUUUUAAAUGAUGAAAUGU